AUGGAACAACUCAAUUACGGAUCGCUCCUAGACUUUGACGAGACCAGCAAGUUCUUGUCUGCCAUUCAGAAUACUGUCCCUGCCCUCGAAGAGGUUCCUGAAUGGGACGAGUUCAAUUUGGCACUCGGCAACGCUGAUGUUGCCCCAUUGUACAGCCCUAGCUUUGAGGUUUCAGCAGAAGACACAAAGCAAAACCUGUCGCUCUUUCCAGCUGACCAAUACUCGUCCACUCGUCUGACAUCGUAUACUGAGUCCAUUGACUCCAACUUUGUGGCCUCAUUGGAGCAGUCUCCUAACACAACUUUCCUGUCCCCACACGCGCUGCCAGAUGGUUUGAUGAAUAAAGAAGCUCCUCUCUUCGAAUACUCGCAUGCGGAUUACCAGCUUCCAUCUUUCACACAAAGCAGCUCCAACGGGCUUGUCAAGAAGGAAACUGCUGAUUCUGUUCAAUAUGAUGAAACCGCGGAGUCCGAUGUCUCCACAAAAAAAGACUCUCCAAGCUCUCAUGCCAAACGCACCCACGAUGAUGACGACUCUGAAGAGGAAACAAAGACUGAAAAAAAGGUCAGAACAUCUCACAGAGUCAUUGAAAGAAACUACAGAUGCAACAUAAACUCGAAGAUUAACGAGCUUCGUGAUGUCGUUCCAACUUUGAAAAUAGUAACAGGAAAGACAGGCAUGCUGAUUGCCGAUUUGGAGGGCUUAGUCCCAGCUUCUAAAUUGAAUAAGGCAUCGGUCUUGUCAAAAGCCAUCGAGUAUAUCGAUCACCUCCAAAGAAAGAAUGACUCGUUGCAAGAUAAAAUUGCCAGAUUGCAGGCUCUUGUAAGUGAAGCCAGUACACAAGGUCCUAGUUUACAAGGCCUUAAAAUGGAGCCAUCUACUUCAGUAAGAUCUCAGUUUGAUUUCAACUUCAAUCUUGGUGACAACAACUUUGCCCUGAUGUAUGCCAACGAUGCUGUUGCACCGGAAAAUGCCGCGCAGGCAUAUCCAAUGGGUUUCUCGCAAUCAAGAAACUCCAACAUGAUGUUGGGAGGCAUUGCUAUCGCUAUGGGUUCUUCAUUUAUCACUGAUGAUAAUUUCCGUGGACUUGGAGCCAUACCGAUGUCUGGUUUAUUUUCCAAUUCACCAAUGGUUGCGAACCAUCUCAUAUCCGUCCUCAGGUUGGUGGUCAUGGCCUCGGGUCUCAUUAUGAUGCUAGAACCUCUCCGACAAAUGUUUUACUCUCAGAAGGACAAAAAAUCAACAUCACAACAGCCUCUUUGGCUUACUUGGCUUCUAGUUUCCUGUGGUCUUCAGCUCCCCCCUGCCAUCUCAUCUAUUGAGAAGGAGGCUAUUUGCCAACGUCUCCUCGGAAGAACAAAGACAGAUUCCACACAACUUUUGAAAGAUUAUGCUUUGCUCAGCUCAUCCGAGAUUACCUUUGAAAAUUGCUUAUUGUCCGUUUUGGUUGGAACACUUCUCAUACGCAAGAACCCUUCGGUCUCCACCUUCAUGAGUCUUGGGUUGAAACGUAGAGGAUCUCUACUUGUUAACCUUGAGUACAACGGUUCAAACAAGAACUUGAAGAGCCUUUCAACAUUCAUCAAGACUGUUGAUGGCCUUGCUUUGUUUGAAUCCGAGAAUUUGUUACAGAGAUUUAUCAAUUUGUCGUCGCAAAUUCCGAUCUGCACAAACGUCAAAUCUGCUGAGAACGAAAUGACCUACGUUGACUUCUACCUUAGAAGCAGACAUGAUGUGUUUGGUGUUUUGUAUUCCUGGAGAAUACUUGAGCUCAUCUACGAAUUGAACAUUGUAUUCUUAGAACUCUUGGUUUCUCAGAAUGACGGGAAAACGGAUGCAAUGAAGAGUCUCUCCGAAGAUAUUGAGAAAUUGCAGAAACUCAUCUCCGACAAUGGCGCUUUGACAAGACACUUGCUCCUAUUGAAAGGUGUCAUCUCAUCUGAGAAUGUCCCUUCUCUGAUUUCUCAAAUCCAGGAUGAUAUCCGGGGGUACUUGUCUAAAUUAGACGCAAUCUAUAACGAACCAGAGAUCACGGACGAUGAGUCAGAUAUCGAGGAAACUUCAAAAACAACCAUUGCCAACGAGUCAACGAAUUCUCUUGCAGCAGACAUCGUCGCCAAUCUGUCAAUCAUUUACUCCUUAAACAUUGUUGAUGAAGAGACAAUUGUUGCCCUCGUUUCCUCAGCUAUAUCAUAUUUCUUGAAUCGUGAGCAUAAUUUGAAGCUGCUUCAAUUGCUUCGCUUGCUCAAAUUCGAAAAAACUGAUCAAUCUGUUUCUCUCUUUUCUCUUACCUGUUUUGUCAAGCUUCUCUGCGUUCUUGUUAAGUCUGAGAAUGAAGACAAAGCAGAAGACUCCGAUGAAGACAAGAAAUCCCUCUGGGCUAGCAUGGACUCUGAGUCAUGCAGUGUCCUUGAGUCUCUUGUCAAGAUUAUGAGAACUUGGUUGAAUGAUAAUAACAAAAAAGAUUGCUUGAGUCUGGAGCUCCGUAGCGAUCUCUCAGACUUGGUAGUUCACAAAGGUCUUACAUUGAAUGGUAUUUGA